AUGUGCACGACAGCGCUAAAGAAAUUGUGUCGCAAGUAUGGGGUGAUGCAGUGGCCGCACAGGAAACUGAGAAGUUUAGAGAAGAAGAUCGCAUCGCUGAAAGCGGAACAAAGAUACACAACAGAUGGGCAUGGGCAACUUGACGACGAGAUUCGAAAGCUUGAAUCUCAGAGAGAAUCACUGAUUAGCGGGAAUGGAACUGUGGGGCUAGAUGACGAUGCAGGAGGUUGGAGCCCUACUGCAUCGUCACCAGCAGAAGCGAUCGACAUUGCAGACUUGUAUGACUCCAUCGGGGUUGAUGAGAUGCAUCAUAGUCACGGCGAUCUCAGUCACCAGCCGAGACGACCGUCUGUCGGAGCGGCAAAUGCUCGUUCGUUCAACAGCUCUGAUAGGGCGGGAGAGAGGAACGACGGGUCCAAUGAAGAACGUCUUCAACAUCAGAUUCAAACCCUUGAGGAAGAAAACUCUUCCUUGAAGGCCCUGAGCAGGUCGUUGAUGAAGGAAAGGCAAGAGUUGUUGAACAAAACUUCAGCCACCAAUGUCGAGAUGGCUUCUUUAAGACAACUUUGCGAAAAUUUGCAGCUGCAACUUCGAUCGCUUACAGAGGGAAAGGGAGACGCAGGGAGAAAUCCUGGCCUAAUCCAAGAGGAUCUGCUCACUGACAGCAAACGGAAGCCCUUGCAGGAUGACGCGGUGAUGCUUGGAUGGAAUCAGCAAGCGACGGGUAUGACGAGAGAUCAUAUGAGUUCAGGGAGAGGCGAGGUUGCGGAGAAGGGGAGGAGAGCAGAUGGGGGAGACUUGCACGCGCUGUCAUGGAUGGCGCCAGACUUUGACCUCGACGAGCUGCUGUGA